CGAUCCUUUGAACGCAGCAUCAACACACUUGAUGUUUUCAAGGUAGCAUUCACUCUUUCCUGAGCGAUGACGCAAGUAGUGACGUGUCUGUGCCUGGUGACGUCAUGGAAUCCAGCCUCCCCAUUGGCCCGGAGACGAGGCGUGGCCGCUGAUUGGCCGAACCCCGACAUUUGUGGUACGAUAGCACUGUACACCUUCACCAGAACGUUGCUCUUCCUUGUACGUGAGUGUAACGUGUAAGAAUGGCUGUGUAAGGUUGAUGCAGCACUGAUCUUUAUCAGAGGGCGAGGCGCGGAGGGCGAGAGAGCGCUGGCAAUUGAGUGAGGGUGGUUGUCAAGUGUCGCAAGAGCAGGAAGUGCCUGGCAGUAGCGGCUGUGAGGCUUACUCAGUGUGGCAUCCAGCAUCACGUUGAUCGCAUCGCUAGUGUUGGUGUGGCGUUGCGUCUGGAUUCUCGUUAGCUGGGAUCUGUCAGUGCGGUGAGCCAGGCAGUGAGGUAGCGAGCGGGGCAUGGCAGCCUGACCCCUGCGGCACCCCUCUGCAGGCUGAGUACAGGGAGAGGGAGGUGUGUGUGCGAGUGUCGCGUGAGGGUGGGGCCCCGUGACAUACCAAGGUACCCAAGUGACCACCUUCAAGCUUAUGAUCGCUAGCCUGACCUGACCUGCCGCGACGUACGACUGCUGGUUCGCUCCACCACCGCUGCUGCCGCCGCUACAGCCUCCCGCCGCCGCCAGCACAGCCUCCCAGCCCCCGCCUCAAGGUUGGCUGCCGAGGAGGAUGAGGUAGUGUGAGGGCGGCGUCAUGGUGCUGGUGAAGGAGUACCGCAUCCCACUGCCUCUCACUGUGGAGGAAUACAGGGUGGCUCAGCUGUACAUGAUCGCUGCCUGACUGAAGUGGCCACAUUAACUCUGCUCUGUGCAUUAGUCAAAUAACUUGCAGGAAACUACAUAAACAAUACAAAUCUGAUAUAGUUCAGACCUAACUGAAAAAAUGAAAUAGUUCCUCACCUUGCAUGGAACAGUGAACAGGAAAGACUGAAGACAGUGUUUUGUCCCCCGCCACUCAAGGAGGAAGAGGUAUCAGUGUAAUAUGGUGUAACCUAACUUUGCCAAAAUGGUGAUGUCAGUUGAGUACCGCAUCCCGCUCCCCCUCACCGUGGAGGAGUACCGGAUCGCUCAGCUGUACAUGCUGGCGAAAAAGUCACGGCAAGAGAGUCAUGGUGAAGGCAGUGGUGUGGAGAUCCUGGUGAAUGAGCCGUACACUGAUGGUCCGGGUCCCGAGGGCAAGGGACAGUACACUCACAAGGUUUACCAUGUAGGCAGCCACUUGCCAGGCUGGUUAAAAUCCCUCAUCCCCAAGUCUGCCCUGUCUGUGGAGGAGGAGGCCUGGAAUGCUUACCCAUACACCAAGACACGCUUCACUUGUCCCUUUGUGGAGAAGUUCAGUAUUGAGGUGGAGACAUACUAUUACAACGAUGGUGGACAGCAGGAGAACGUCUUCAACCUGUCCAAGUCAGAGAUGAAGCAGAGGGAGAUUGAUUUGAUUGAUGUGGUGAAAGAUCAACUGUAUGGAGCAGAUUAUGUGGAGGAAGAAGAUCCUCGCAAAUAUGUUUCUCAGAAAACUAAUAGAGGUCCUCUUGGUGAUAACUGGAUAGAAGAAUACUCAGAGAUGUGUAAUGGCAAGAAUACUCCAUUACCAAAUGGACAAGCAAUCAUGUGUGCAUACAAGCUGUGUAAGGUGGAGUUCCGGUAUUGGGGAAUGCAGACCAAGAUAGAAAAGUUCAUCCACGAUAUUGCACUGAGGAAAACCAUGCUGCGGGCACACAGACAGGCCUGGGCAUGGAUGGAUGAGUGGUGGGGCCUCACCAUUGAGGACAUUCGUAAUAUUGAAAAAGAAACACAAAGCCUCCUGGCUAAGAAGUAUGGCCAGGGAGGGGAGGAAGAUGGUGCUCAGAACUCAGCCACAGCAGAGGUGUCCUCAGAUAUCCCUCACAGUCCCAGUGUUUCCUCGGACCGCACGCCAAACCUUGAACAGCUGAGCAAGUGUAGUUCGUUUAGGACUAGUAAUGAUCUAGGUGAUCAUUCUCAGGUUAUUUGUGAAGGUGAUGUAGUUGGCAACAAUGGUGUAAAUAGUAACAACAAUAAUAAUAAUAAUAAUGAGAGUGAAGAAAACCUCUCAGGACUGGGCUCAAGUCCCAAACUAAAGAGACGAGAACUGAAUGUGAGUCUGGACAGUGUUUUAGUCGAUGACACGCGGAAGAGAGGCUCUUGGUCACGAAGUGGAUCACGAAACACAUUGAACUCCCAGAAUCAAGCCAGCUGGAGAAUGGAGAGUAUCAGAAGAGACUCAGAUUCAUCAGGAAGUGAGGAUGAGUUCUUUGACUGUCAAGGGUCAGCCAUCCCCAUAAUCAAGGAGGACCUUGAGGAGACAACUGCCCUACACAAGUGGAGCUCCCUAGAACUGCUGCCUCCAGAUGGUGACACACAGAGCACUGCUGGUCAUGCAGGUAACGAAGACAGCAUUUUCUCACCAGCCUUCAUAUCAAGGGUGGCAGCGGAGCGUCACAGCCGUGUGCUGGGACGAAGCAUGGAGACGUCUGCCCCCUCAUCCCCGUCCCACUCCCCGUCCCACCAGCCUGGCCCUUGCUCCACCACAGUCCUGCUUCUGGUCAUACAUGCUGGAUCCGUCCUUGACCCUACGCCAGAUGUGACCAACAAGAGGAGUGAUGUCACCACCUUCAGAGGAGCCUUUGAGUCUGUCAUGCGGCAGCAUUACCCUCACAUGGUGGGUCAUGUAGCUAUCAGGCUGGUUUCUGCCCCACCUGUGUGUUCAGACAGCCUCAACAUACUUUCCAGUUUGAGUCCAUAUGGCCUUGAUGCAACACCCGUGUGUGGGGAGGUGUCUGGUGGGGACAGUGUUCCUGUCGGUGCUGUGCCACUGUUGGCAACAAGUGUGCCGGAAUAUGAUGAGUAUGUGGUGCGCACCCUCAACUCUACCAAUGCAGCCUACCAUGAGUUCCUGAGAUCAGAGGAAGGACACGGCUUUAAUGGGCAGGUCUGCAUCAUUGGUGACAGCAUUGGUGGUGUCUUGGCUUAUGAUGUUCUAUGCAGAGUGCAUGAUCAACAGAAGUAUGGGAGCAAUAGCAACAUUCCUGAAGGCGAACCGCCUUCCCCUGGUCAGUACUACAAGCAGAAGUCAUCUCCAGCACAGCCUCAAUCUUCCUCUCCUUCCCCAGCCACCCCUCCUUCUAUUUCUCCUGAUAAACCCGUGAGCUCCCCACCACUGACCACCCUCUCCCCAACCAUCACUGUAAGCCUGGAGAGUACUUUGGUAAAGCCCACCACUGGUGUCUUUGUCCAGGCAGCAGAAGGUGCCUCUCCUAAAAGCCUAAACACAGCUUCCUCCUCACACUCCCCCUCAGAUAAAAUUCCCUCCCCUCAGUCAACAAACAAUCCUCACUCCCCACUUCGUAAGAUAUCUGCCCCCCUCCCUCCAUCGGGCUUCAGCCCACUCACUAGGAAGUGCUCAGCCCCAUGUAGCAUUCCCAGUGGUGUGGGAAUGUGGGGAUGUCAGCCUGGUAGCAGCACUCCCACACCUUCACCACCAGGCCCAACCUCCUCUUCCUCUUCCUCUACCUCCCCCUCUGGUCUCUGUCACUCCCACAAUCUCCUGUGCCAGUGCCACAACCCUGUACACCGUUCUCACCAUCACCACGGUGUUAGUUGUGCCCAUGAUAGCCUCAUCCCCGGUCCACUGUGGGAAAGACGAGGAGAUGAGAUUGGAGACAACACAAGAGUGUACCGGAAGUCCAUAAGCAGCGAUGCACCUCACCACUCUGAUGUGCCCCACUCACGCUCUGUCUCAGACUCAGACUACCAUUAUGCCAGGCACUUGUCUGCACCAUACCCUCGAAGACGCUCGUCUUCCUCCAGUGACCAUGCCCACAGUAAGCUGGAUUUCGAGGUGUCUGAUUUCUUCACGUUUGGCUGCCCGCUGGCCUUGGUGCUCGUCUACCGCAAGAUGGUCAACACCUCAGACAAAAACUCCACAGUGCAGCGUCCAGCCUGCCAGCAGGUGUAUAAUCUUUUCCACCCAACGGAUCCACUGGCAGUGCGUGUGGAGCCCCUCAUAUCAGCGCGGUUUUCACUGCUGCCGCCUAUCACCAUCCCACGCUACACAAAAUAUCCUCUCGGGGAUGGUCUCCCCACACACCUAUUGGAGUGCAUCCAGAGCAAUGGCAGUGUCUUCAUGGACCUGAGUGGGACCACAGGCUCCCCAUCUUUGACCGAGCACACUCGGCGCAUGUCUGAUGCCUCCAUCCUCUCCACUGUGUCUGGCAUGGGAGACACAGUUCCAUUGGCCACCAUCAAUGCCUUGAGUCAGCGAUGGUGGGGAACCAAGAGGCUGGACUAUGCUCUGUACUGUCCUGAGGGGUUGGCCAACUUCCCCACCAACUCCCUGCCACACCUCUUCCAUGCCUCCUACUGGGAGUCCUCUGACGUUAUAGCUUUUAUCCUCAGACAAUUGGUGCGGACUGAACAUGCUGCUUACCAGGGAGAUGACAAAGACCUUCCAGUAUUCUCUCCAACACAGCCUCGGGAAAAGUGGAUAAAGAAGAGAACAUCUGUCAAAAUUAAGAAUGUUGCUGCCAACCACCGAGGAAAUGACGUCAUAGUGAGGGAGGGAGCACCACAGUCCAUACAGGCCCGCUUCAUGUAUGGCCCCCUGGACAUGGUUGCUUUGUCUGGUGAGAAGGUGGACAUUCACAUCAUGCGAGAUCCGCCAGGUGGAGAAUGGCAGCAGAUCUCUACGGAAGUCACAGACAAGAAUGGUCGCAUUGCCUUCACUGUGCCACCAGACAAGGCUCUCAGCUGUGGCAUGUACCCUGUCAAGAUGGUGGUGCGGGGUGACCACACAAGUUCCACACUGUACCUGACCAUUGUACCUCCAAAGACAGAGUGUGUUGUCUUUAGCAUUGAUGGGUCUUUUACUGCGUCUGUCUCAGUCACUGGCCGAGACCCCAAAGUCAGAGCAGGAGCUGUUGAUGUCGUGAGGCACUGGCAAGAGUUAGGCUACUUAAUAAUAUAUGUGACGGGACGGCCGGAUAUGCAGCAGCAGAAGGUGGUGUCCUGGCUUGCUCAGCAUAACUUCCCCCAUGGCCUUGUGUCCUUUGCUGAUGGGCUCUCCAGAGAUCCUUUAGGCCACAAGGCUGACUACUUGAGGGGGCUUAUCCAGGAUCAUGCACUGCAGGUUGUAGCAGCAUAUGGCAGUGCUAAGGACAUUGCAGUGUAUUCUAGCAUUGGCCUCAAACCAGAGCAAAUUUUCAUUGUUGGAAAAGCCAGCAAAAAGCAGCAAGCCAAUGCACAGGUGCUAACUGAUGGUUAUGCUGCACACCUGUCCUCGCUCUCAGCCUUAGGCAAGUCUCGUCCGGCUAAAGGAAACCCUCAGAUGGUCAUCCCUCGGGGCUUUUUUGGGCUGCCAGGUCAACACAGUGCUUUGCGGAGAAGACGUUCUGCCAAGCGGACUACGUCUUUUCCCGUCCGGGUAGCUUCAGCAAGUGAGGGAGUGAUGAGGUCUCGGGGAUCUUCACAAUCUCGUCCCAACCAUAUGAGUAUGAGGUGUUAGUGUGUCCAUUAACUCCUGACACAGCUUAGUGUUACAAUGCUCAUGGAUUGCUAUGUCUGGUAUAAAUUAUAAUGAUUGGUUUUGCAUUGGAAAUCUUAAUGUUACAAGUGAGUAUAUAACAGAAUAGUACUAGGAAAGGUACAGGACAACUGAAACAUAAAGUCCAAUGAAACAGACAUUACUGUGUAUAAUGCUGAGGUUCUGCCAGUAGCAGCUCCUCAAUACCUCAACUGAGGAACACUGGCUGGUGCACUUCUGACAGUGUUCAGGAGACACUCAUGUGAAUCACUCUUGAAAUUAAGUCAGAUUUUGCUCUAUGCUAGCUCAUGACCUUAUCACUUGUGUAUAUCAUUUGUGUCACAUGAUUUCAAAGGGAUCUUGGUAAAAGUUUUGUAAUAGCAACACCAAGUAGUACUCUGAUAAACAGAGCUGAAUUUUCUUCAAACAUACAGUUUUGAUGUGUGCACCGCUUUGUGAUGCUUAUCAAUAUGGUUUGUUUACAACAGGAAAAAGAAUUAUAAUAGAAAUUUUGCUGGAAUUCCCCAAAGUCACCACUUUGUGUAGGUUCGGCCGAACGGUCACAUUCUUGUGUUUUGUUUUACUCUCUAAACUGAAAGUUUACUCACAUUGUUCUGAUAAACUUAAUCUCAGGAUAUAUUUAUUUCAUGUGUCUGUAGCAGUUAAUAUUUUAUUUUAUUUUAUUUAAUAGCUAGUUGGUAGGUAUAAGAGCUGCUGUAUAGUGACAGUGGUCUAUUAAUGUAUUUAGACUUCUUACUUAACAUAGGAAUGGUUAACUAUAUUGAUAUUCAAAUUCUAUCCAGAGUUUACUAUUUUCUUGGGUAACAUUAGUAUAUUAGUCUUUCAUCAAAAAAAAAAAUCAUAUAUAUAUAUAUAUAUAUAUAUAUAUAUAUAUAUAUAUAUAUAUAUAUAUAUAUAUAUAUAUAUAUAUAUAUAUAUAUAUAUAUAUAUAUAUAUAUAUAUAUAUAUAUAUAUAUAUAUAUAUAUAUAUAUAUAUAUAUACAAUAUUCAGGUGGCCCUCAACAUUACUAGAUGUAACAUUCACGGUAAAAGUCAGUUGUUAUAAUUCCAUACCACUUAAGUAUUCAUAGUGAUGGUACAACUAUUUAUAGUUCAGCAGUAAAGAAAUAGGUAAAACAAGAAUUCAGUAAUCUUAUUAAAGUAUAUAUAUACAUAUUGUAUAUAUGAAUAAUUUAUUUAUUUAUUUAUUCACAUGUAAAAUAGCAAAAUUGUGCUAGUAAAUGAGCAGCAGGAUAUUCUUUACCUACAGGAGCUGAAGUUGCACAGACAGUAUUAUGUAAUUUUCUCAUGCGUAGCAAAUUGUACACAACUGCUAGAUGUACACAUAAUGAAUCAGCCAUCUCCCACUUGUAGGGCAGACAGCUAAUAAAAAAAGGAUUUUUCAUUGGAUUGCAGUGUAGCAAACUUAGUGCUUUCUUCUGGUAUUCUUUUUCAACAUGUUUAUACCAUUUAUGAACACUACAAGUAUAGUGCAGUCUACAGAAUUGAGAGGUAUGGAGUGGAGAAAGGUAAGUAAGCUACUUAAUCAGUAUGAAUGAAGUGACAUUGACAGGUAGCAGACAACCAAUAGCCAUACAGACUCUUCCUGGUUGUGUCCACUAAUCAUGAGCAUAUAUUUUUUUUAUUUGUCACUGAUAACCGACCCAUAGCAACAAACUCUACGCAGCUUUAUGGACGGACUACACCCCUUGGUUGGACUGUAAAGUUUGUGUUGCCUUUCUGAAUGUAACCAUCCCACAGAUGUUGAGGGCUGCCAUUUAAUUAAAACUGUUGAAUGAUCAUGGCCUUUUAAAAGUGAGUAUAUAUGUUAAGACAGUGAUCUCUCCACCCACUGUGUUGUGGGAAAUAAUGGUUUACAACUGAACCUUUUUUCUUGUAUCUAAAAUCCUCACCAAGUACAAUAGGACUACUUCAAAAUUUUUAAAUAAAACUCAAUACAGAGUUCCUUAGAUUGAUA